CGCCACCACAGAGCCGAUACCGCAUGUGCGAAGUCGCAUUUCAAAGCAAGUCGCCCUCAAAAUCGUGCAUCUCCGAGUAGAGAGCUUCGCGGACCCCCACGACCCUUCCCCCCCUUUUUUACGGGGCAUUCAGACUCUUCUACGAGACGGAACUUGCGCCUAUUAUUGCUGGAUUUCAUCCGUCGUUUUUCUUAACGUUCAGGGCGAACGAUCGGCCUGCGCGAUCGGCCCAACAUGUCCGCGAUCCUCUCGGCCGACGACCUUAACGACUUUAUCUCCCCCGGCGUAGCCUGCAUCAAGCCCGUCGAGACCCUUCCGGCGCAGCCACCAUCAUCUUCCGAACAACCCCAAUCCCUCGAAUUCGAAGUCAUCCUAGACGGCCAGCAACCCUCCGCCACCGGCGCAUCGACAAACGCGCCCGCACAGAUCUCCCUCACCGACUGCCUCGCCUGCUCCGGCUGUGUCACCUCUGCCGAGGCCGUGCUCGUCAGCCUGCAAAGCCACAAUGAGGUUCUCUCCAUGCUCGAUUCGGCGCCGGCGCUGCGGAUAACGCGGGACAGCGACGGCGGCAGCUAUGGGGCUGGCAAGUUCAAGGUGUCUGGGUUGGAGGAUCCAGCGGCGAAACUCUUCGUCGCGAGCGUCUCGCCCCAGACGAGAGCCAACUUGGCUGCGGCGUGCGGGGGGGGCGUCACGGCGCGGCAGGCCGGUUGGAUGAUCGAGCAGCUGUUGAUGGGCCCGGCCGGUCUGGCCGCGGGAGGAAAGCACGGAAAUGGAUUCACAUGGGUUGUGGACACCAACACCGCGCGGGAGGCAUGUCUCGUGUUGGGGUCGGAUGAGGUUCUGGGGCGUCGUGAGGGCCAGGGCUCCUCCGACAGCCCUACUCCUCCCGUACUGACGUCGUCAUGUCCGGGGUGGGUCUGCUACGCGGAGAAGACGCAUCCGUACGUGUUGCCGCAUCUGUCGCGGGUCAAAUCGCCGCAGGCGUUGAUGGGCACGAUGCUCAAGACCGCGCUCAGUCGGCUGCUUGGGAUUCCGCCUGACAGGAUAUGGCACUUGGCCGUCAUGCCGUGUUUCGAUAAGAAGCUGGAGGCGAGCCGCGAGGAGCUGACGGAUGCGGUGUGGGCAGGCUCGGGCAAGCCGGGGAAAGGGGUCAGAGACGUGGACUGCGUCAUCACGAGCAAAGAGGUUCUCAUGCUUGCCGCGUCCAGGGGAGUUGACUUCUUCGGGUUGCCCAAGUCAGCGCCAGUGCAGCAACCCGAGUUUCCAGAUCCCACCAUCCAACGAUUCCUGUUCCCGGCACAGCAUCGGAAGCAGGUUCGGGAGGAGGGCACGUCUGGCGGUAAUUUGCAUUACAUCCUCCAUGACGUGCAAUCGAGACACCCGGGUUCUCGGAUACAGAUGGCGCGGGGCAGAAACGCUGAUGUCUUUGAAUACUCCGUCGUCAAGCCGUCAGGCGAAGCCGCGUUCAAGGCGGCGCGCUAUUAUGGCUUCCGAAACAUCCAGAAUCUGGUCCGGAAGCUGAAGCCGGCAAAACCAUCCCGCAUGCCGGGUGGCAAGCCCGUUGGUAGCGCGAGGAGGCCGGGCAGCAAGUCUGCUGGCCUAGACUACGCCUAUGUCGAGGUCAUGGCGUGUCCCGGCGGCUGCACCAAUGGAGGUGGCCAGAUCAAGGCAGACGACCAAGUGAUUAUCGAUCGCAAAGGGCUCGGCGAGAAGCCCGGUCCAGACGAGCAGAAAGCGUGGCUGGCGGAGAUCGACGAGGCAUAUUUCUCUGGCGACGAGCCAGAUGCUGCACACGGUAUUGGCAACGGAAACUCGACCGGGCUCGUUGCCGGCAUCUCUCCCUCGCAUAUUCGAGAUACCCUGGCACACUGGGAGGAUAUAACGGGCAUACAGCUGGAUAGAUUGGCGUACACGAGUUACCGCGAGGUCGUAAGCGACGUCGGCAAGCCAGUCAGUGACACCGAGCGGGUGGUUCAACUGGCCGGCAAGAUCGGCGGCGGGUGGUAGCCGUGGUCAUGGUCCUUGUCA